CGUUGCCAUGGACACGCCCACCCACAAACAACAACCAUUUGAGAGAUACAAUGGCUGCCGCAGCUUCAGUGAGUGACUCGCCUGAAACUGUCCUCCCCGAGAAGAUAGGAGGAGAGGAAGAAGAUGAGACCGGAGUAGAGACACAGGAGCAUAAAAGUGUUAAAAAGAAGAAGAAAAAGUCGUCAUUGACUAUUAACCUAACAAACUGCAAAUAUGAUAGUGUUCGUCGAAUGGCAAGGAAGUUUGGCAUGAAAGUGGUGACUGGGGAGGACCCCAGUGAUUGGGUAAUAUACUGGACUGACAUGGCACUCCCUGAUAGAGUAACUGAAAUAAAAUCAUACCAGAAAGUCAAUCAUUUCCCAGGGAUGAAUGAGAUAUGUCGUAAAGAUUUCCUGGCAAGGAACAUGAAUAGAAUGUUAAAAUUAUUUCCAAAAGAGUACAACUGCUUCCCAAGGACAUGGACAUUACCUGCUGAUUUUGGUGAUUUUCAAGCUUACUGUCAGACAAAGAAAAACAAAGUGUUCAUAGCUAAGCCUGGUAGUGGUUGUCAAGGAAAAGGGAUAUUCUUAUUUCGUAAUAUAAAGGACAUUAAACCAGGAGAACAUUUAGUAUGUCAACAAUACAUAAGCAAGCCCUUUACUAUCGAUAAGUUCAAGUUUGACUUGCGUAUCUACAUACUAGUGACAUCCUGUGACCCAUUGAGAGUGUAUGCUCAUCGGGACGGUCUUGUUAGACUGGCUACUGUGAAAUAUAGAGAACCAACUAAUUCUAAUAUGGAUGAGUUAUGUAUGCACUUAACAAAUUAUGCUAUUAACAAGCACAGUAAGGACUUCAUUAGAGAUGAGGAGAGUGGUAGCAAGAGACGGAUCACAACACUCAACAAGUGGUUUGAGGACAAUGGAUAUGAUCUAGACAAGAUCUGGUCUGACAUUGAUGAUGUCAUCAUUAAAACACUAAUAUCAGCUCAUCCAGUCGUCUGCCACAACUAUCGGUCCUCAUUCCCUAAUCACACGAGAGGCAGUGCCUGCUUUGAGAUACUCGGCUUUGACAUUCUCCUAGACCGCAAACUCAAGCCCUGGCUGAUGGAAGUGAACAGGUCCCCCAGCUUCCAUACUGACUCCCCAUUGGAUAAGGAAGUGAAGGAGGCUUUGAUAUAUGAUACACUGGAUCUCAUUGACCUCUUUGCUAAUGAUAGGAAGAGAUGUCUGGAGGAGGAGAAACAGAGAGCAAGGGAUAGGCUCCUACAGAAGGCAAGAUCUAAGGACUCAAGGUACUGGAUAGAGAAAUGA